UAUAAUUAUUUCCAUCUUUAAAAAAUUCUCACUUGUGAAGUUUGAACCUGUUUCUUAAUUUCUCUUCUAUAUCUUUUGUUAGAAAAGAAAAAAUGAGCAACAUAAGCAUGGUUGAGGCAAAGCUACCACCAGGGUUCAGAUUUCAUCCUAGAGAUGAAGAACUUGUGUGUGAUUACUUGAUGAAGAAGGUGACACAUAGUGAUUCCUUUCUCAUGAUUGAUGUUGACCUUAACAAGUGUGAGCCAUGGGAUAUUCCUGAAGCAGCAUGUGUGGGAGGGAAAGAGUGGUAUUUCUACACACAAAGAGAUCGUAAAUAUGCAACAGGACUACGAACAAAUCGUGCAACUGCAUCAGGUUAUUGGAAAGCAACAGGAAAGGACAGAGCUAUCCUUCGUAAGGGCACUCUUGUUGGAAUGAGAAAGACUUUAGUGUUCUAUCAAGGAAGGGCACCUAAAGGGAGAAAAACUGAAUGGGUUAUGCAUGAGUUUCGUAUUGAGGGUCCUCAUGGCCCUCCUAAAAUUUCAUCUUCUAAGGAAGAUUGGGUUUUGUGUAGGGUGUUCUACAAAAACAGAGAAGUUGCUACAAAACCUCCAAGCAUGGGUAGUUGCUAUGAUGACACAGGCUCUUCAUCACUUCCAGCAUUAAUGGAUUCUUACAUAAGUUUUGACCAAGCUCAAUUCCAUACAGAUGAAUAUGAGCAAGUGCCCUGCUUCUCCAUGUUUUCUCAAAACCAAACCAACCCAAUCUACAACAAUAUAACAACCAAUAUGGAACCAAAAUUACCUCUAGCCAACAAUAACAAUGCAAGUACAUUUGGAGGAGCACCUUAUAGCUUAGACCCUUUAUCAUGUGAUAGAAAAGUGUUAAAAGCUGUUUUGAGUCAACUAUCAAAGAUGGAAAGAAACCCUAUUAAUGAUCAAAACCUAAAAGGGUCAUCACCAAGCUUAGGUGAAGGAAGUUCUGAGAGUUACUUAUCUGAAGUGGGUAUGCCCCACAUGUGGAACAAUUUCUAAUGUGGUAUACUCCACUCCUAUUUAAUUUUUUUUGUUGUGGCUUUCCCUAAGUUAAAGAAAUUGGAUCAUCUCCAUCUACAAUGUGGUCUAUGACGGUAGAGAAUUCAGGUCCGGACUGAAAAGGAAUCUGAAUCAUCUAUCGUUGUAAUAUGGUGCUGAAGUUGUAGAGGAUCUAAUUUCGAUGAAAAGGCGAACACAAUCAAAAAUAGGGGUACAAAGGAGAAGAGAAAAUCCAUUGUUUUAAAUCAUGUUAUAGUAUCUAUAUAUUUUUCUCAUGGUGUUAGUUAUUGAUAUAUGAAUAUCUAUCCACAUGAUAUAUAUGUCCCGGUAUAUUAGAAAGAUGGGGCUUUGUAAUUGGAACUUAUGAAUUUGUAGUUCAUUUUAGUUGGUGGAUGGAGAUUUUUCUUCUUUUGUUAAAAUA